GUUCAGUUUGAAUCGAGACGGCAUUCACGUUGGUUGUGUUUUUACUGGUGGACUCACGUCGUCGGUAGAAUCAUUAAGUUUACUCAAAAAGUGUAGUGGCUGGUUCAGAUUACUAAUUUUUUUGAAGUGGGAAUUAAUUAAAUUAUAAAUUCAAAGCUAAAAUUAAAACAGUUGAAAACGUGCUCUCCUGCACUUAACAGCUUUUUACGAACGUAUACACUUUUACGUUCAAAAGCUUCCCGAAUAACCUACUACGUUUCAAACGCACGAACAUAAAAAAAGGUUGCGCGCGUGUAAGUAAUUUCGACACAGAUACGCACACAUUGGAACGAGUACCCCAACGACUACAAACGGUACUCGCUGCGUGGAGUUGUCGCGUCGACAUCAUUUGACCAUCGAACGUCAACGAGUGUAGUUCGGGUGUGUGUUGUCGACCGUGAUAAGAUACAUCAGUGAACGGUAGUAGAAGGAAAAUAACAAAAGGGAGAGAGAGGGAGCAAACAGGCCCCGGCUGAACGGUAAGAGCGAGAGAUAUAGUGGAAGAUGUGAGUGAAGACCGUAGCAUAGAACUCGUUCGGUAACGCGCGCUCAAUUUUGUGCUUCAUCAACACUGUGCUUUCGGUUGGCAUGUUUUUCGACAAUCGGUGCUGUGUUUACCGCCCGAAGAGUGUACACGGCCCCGACUGAGGAUGUGUAUUGGUGUGUGUUGAAGAGGCUUUUAUGGUGUUAUUAAAUUGGGGUUGCUGUGCUAAGAAAUUGUUUUUAUUUUGUGCUGAGUGUGAAGCAAUGAAGAGGAAUGAAAAUUUAAUUUGGUGGUGAAAAAUUAUGUGGAAGAAAACGAAGUUUGAAUACGAUAACCACAGUUGGUUGGAUUGCACUGAUUUUGGAUUACGCAAAUAAUUGGAUUAGCUGCUUUUGGAUAAGGAGAAAAUUGAGAUGGCAGAAAUGACAAGAAUGACCAAGAUGACCACGGUUGUCAGCGGUCCUGAAUCACCCUACAAACCUAGCCGGAUUCAUCUGAGCUCGGUGAAUCCGUACAUUACGUGUAACCUAUGCAAAGGUUACCUGAUUGAUGCCACCACCAUCGUAGAGUGUCUACAUUCGUUUUGCCAUAGCUGCAUCAUGAAACACUUACGUACGGAACAGUACUGUCCCCAGUGCGAGAUGAUGAUAAACAAAGCGAAACCGAACAUCAAACCGGACGCUACACUGCAAGCUAUCGUCUACAAACUGGUUCCCGGGCUGUACGAGAAGGAACUGCUUCGAAAGCGCGCCUUCUACCGCCAAAAUCCGGAAAUGGCCGCCAUAACCACACCGGAGCAACGUGGCGAAGACACGGAACACCUCAUCUUUAGUCCACGCGAGGAAUUCCAACUGUCAUUGGAAUACGCCGACAAGGAGCUGGCAGGAAACAACGAGGAGCUCAAGCGGCCUAAAUAUCUCCAGUGUCCGGCCAUGGUCAGAAUUGCCUUCCUGAAAAAAUUCAUCAUCAACAAGUAUAACAUUCCGACGCAUCUGUACUACGUGGAAAUCAUGUACAAAGUCCAAACAAUAACCCUGCCGGACCACUACACCCUGAUGGAUGUCGCCUACAUCUACACCUGGAAAAAAAACGAUUCGAUGGAAUUCUUUUUUCGCAUUCGAACCCACGAGAUGAAAUCGGUCGAACUGCCGGAGGUUCCCCUGCGGAGGUCUCCUAGCAUCUCGACCGGACGCCAGAGCAGUACCAGUGCACUGGCAACCAUCAAGGAGGAGGAAAGCGACAGUGCGGAUAGCAGCGUUGCUCUCAUCAAACCGAGUGAUAUCAAACGCGAGGAACCGAACCUGACGGAUGGCGAUGGUAAGCCGGGCGAAGCUACAAUCACAACAACAACAACGACGAUGGUAACGGUGAUGACGACGACGACGGCGACAGCGACAGCAGCAACGACCACCGCAGCAAACGUGCCGGCACGGGCCGCUGAUGGUGUGAGUGAGUGCAUGGUAGAUGUGAAGCCGAACGUGACCGCGCUCGGAAAACAGCAACAGGAAAAUCGUGGCGGCAACGGUGCGAGCACCGAAAGCGGUGCUGCUGCUGCGGCUGUCGUCUCUACCGAGCCGCCCAAGGUGAAGAAGAACGAAUCGAUAAAGCUGAAAAUAGAAAUGAACAAAAACACUUAUGUCAGUAUCCUGCAAAGUCCGCAGCCGGAUACCGUCAGCAAGCAUCAUAAAUCUGAUAAGCCGGAAAAGGUGAAGAAGAAGAAAUCGGAGGAUAAGGACAAAAGUGUCAAUAAGAUUAAAUCGUCCAGUGAUCUCAAAAUUAAAAUAGAGAAGGUAAAAGACGGGUUAGUCACCGUCAAAAAAGAUGGUAAGAGUAGCAAAAAGGGUCCGUACAAAGUGGAACUUAGUGGUAUUAGUGAUUACAAAAACAAUAAUAAGCCAUUUAGUAGUGAGUUUGAUACUAAGAAGGCGAAGAAAGAAGCGCACAAGUUGGACAAAAGCGGUAAAAAAAUUAAGUCUCCCAAGAGGAAUCUUGAAAUAGAAAAGAUUCAACCCCCAAUUGUUUUAAAAAUCGAUCAAAAAAGUCCCGAACUAUCGACGUCCUCAUUCAAGAUAAUUUCACAACCGGUUGCAUCAUCCUCUCCGAAACCGAAAGUAGAACUUAGUUUAGAAGACGAAAAAUCGCAGUUUCUAAAUUCAUUUGAAUUAACCCCAAUCAAGUCACUUCAAAAUAAUCAAUCCAGAUCCCCAUCAUGUUCACCAGGUUCAUCAAGUUCAUCGUCGUCUUCUAAUACUGAGGUAAAACAAGGCAAACGUAAGAACAAAGAUCAAUUGAAUGGCAGAACUGUUCUCAAGAAGCCCAAACUCUCCGAUGUUGAAAUGAAGGCUCUGGUGGAAAGAACUGUUCAGCAGAACAUCAAAUCAACUGGUGAUCAUAUUGUUCCUCCACCGGUGAUUGCUGCCAACCCUGUGAAGCAGGAGUUGGAAAGUCCACCUUCUAAAACUCCAUUACAGCCAAAAUCAUUACCAACGAAGGCAGAGCCUUUGAUUAAAGAACAAUCCCUUGCGAAAGAAGUCAAACCAAAGACAUUUGAUUUCAAGCCGCACGUUUCUCUGCCACCACCGGUGGUCUCGACCACUAACAUCCCGGCACCGAAACCCGCCCAACCUGUGAUGAUUGCCCCGAAGCCUCAAACAGAACCUCCAAAACGACCUGCAGUGCCUUUAUUCCCUAAACCAAUACAACCAGCGAAGAAACUACCUCAUCUUCUACCGAAAAACAUAGACUAUCUAAAAAGUAACAAACAAAAACAGCUGGAAAUGAAACGGUCCCAGACAAGUCCGCCGAUUCACAUUUCCCCCAACAAAGAAACGGAAAUCAGUCAAAUUAAGCCGGAAAAUGCCAGAAAAAACAUCAAAGUAUACGGUCCUCCAUCAGACGGUGGCAACUUUGCCGUCCCAGCAGCAAUGCCAUCGCUUCUUAAACCAAAAUCCAACAAAAAUCGGCCAGUGAACUACCUGAACUAUGCUCUGAUGAACGCCAACAAAGCCCCAGCUGGUUCCCGAACACCCAUCCCAUCGUAUUCCAAUUCACCCAGUUACUCACCAGACUCGCCCCAGUAUAAUCCAAACUUUAACAUCUCAACCAAGCAGUAUAAAUAUGCGAACCCACAUGCUUAUGCUAACUUCUUGCAAAAUAUGCUAAACGACCGCAAGACUAGCAAUGUGUCACCUCCGCAGAUGGUGCACGAUAAGAAAGCCGAUCCAGUGAACGAGAGAAAGAGACCGUGUCCCAGUCCCGAAGCUAGACUGGAACCACCGGAGAAACAGCCAAAGGUUCAAUCGUUGCUUAAUCAAAUCAACAUUCCCUCUUCGCUGUCUAUCACUUUAGCUACGGAGGAGGACGAAGCUGCCAGAGAGAAGGCUCGAAAAAGCCUACCGGAGGAGGACAAAAAUUACAUUGAAAUCCUGAAAUUACCGGAAAUUUCUAUCACAGAGGCAGAACGAAUAACACCGCCGAAAGUGCACCAGGAACCGGCCACGAAGAAAGUCGCUAAAAAUACUAGUCCCACUAAAACCGACAAAACGAAACCCCAGACUGACGGCAAAAAUGCUAGUCCCGAGAUGGAUAGUGCAUCAUUCCAGCAAAAAUUCAUCCAGUCUAUCCGAGUCGAAAAAGAGCCCAAGAGCAAAUCUGGCUGCAGGCAAGAGAAAAAAUCUUCCCCUGUUUUCACACCACCAAGCCCGGUACCAAACGGUAACACAUUCAAACUACCGAAUGCGACUGUGCUGAGCAACGGUAUCGUUAAACUUAACUCCUACCCUGAACUAGAUCUCAUCAACAAAAACAGUACCAGUCCCGGUUCGACGAAACCAAUGCCUUCACCACCGAAACCCAACACACCCAAGCACGUUCCCAUAGCUCCCAAACCCACAGGAACCUUUUUCCCUCCAACCGGGACGCCAUGUAUUCCACCACCACACCGUAAAAGCCUCUCGCCCCCGGUCCCCAAACCAGUUCUAUCUCCUGGCCAACCGAAAUCGAAAACUCCUCCGGCCAUGUCCACUUCGCCAUCCCACGCGGCGCUGGCCGCCAUGGGACCCAUGUUCGGACUUCAGAUGAAUCAGGACAACGCCAGCUACCUCCAAUCGAAGAAAAUGGAGCACAAGCCAAAAAAAUCUUCCACAAAAUCACCGAAAACCAACGCGCUGGACCUAUCCUCGCCCGGCAGUUCAGCUGCUAGUUCGGCAACGCUGGCCGCGGACAAGUCCAAGGACGCUAUGAAUAUGCUAAUGAUGAACAAUAAUCUAAGCAACGCGCAAAAGUUCCAGGUUGCCAACUAUCUGAACGAGGUGGCCAAGCUAAACAACAGCGGCAUGAUGAUGCCCCAGAUGGUUGGUAUGCAGCCGAACCCCCUUCUGAAUCAGAUGAUGCAAGCCUUGUAUCUGCAGCAGUGGACCCGCAUGGCCAAAGCAGGCAACGACACGCUGGAGAAAUGAGAUUUAGCGAAAGUCGGCUCAUCGGUUUCCUGGCCGCCUCAGACGCCGAUUGUGAUAGAUAUUCCGUAACGCGGCUAGCGACGACGACGAGUUAUCGAGUUGAACGUCGUGGCCCAGUCAGUCAGUCAGUCGAAGGUAUCGACAGUAAAUCUUUAACCCAUUAUUUAUUGGAUUAUUUGUCGGUCGUAUUUUUCCGAAAAUUGAAACCUCAUGCUGCUGUUCCGUUCGGAGCGGCGAUAUGAUGAGAAAGCGCAAAACAGACAGAAGACUACACAACAUGUAUACGCUUAUAAAACAUCUCUGUAAAUUCAUCUCAGUGUUUGUGAUCGUGGCUGUAAAUAGAGACGGGAAAUGUGAGGUUGUUUAUGUGAGAGCUCCGGGCAAAAAAAAAAUUGCCUGACAACGGCAGCGGCAGCGGUGACUAUGGGAUUCUUCAGCUGAUGCCUAUAGAUUGUAUAGUAAUUUAGGAGGGAAAAACGAGAGAUAGAGACAGAAAGAGAGAGGCACAACAAUAACAGUAUUUUUUGGCUGGCUUUCGUUAAUGCCGAGUUAAUUCUCACAAUUUCACAUCUUCUCGUAACUUUUUUCCCUAUUCAAGUCUUUCUCGGGGCUCUGUAAUCUCGCACGUCUGCGAAGGGAAUUUAUCUUUGUUUACACUGCCGCCAAAGUCGUGUGCUCUCUCAUGUAUGCUACAGUCGGAUGGAAGACGCACGUACAUACAUGCUAGAGGAGCAAGCUAGGUUCGGGCUUGGGCAUUUGUGAAUAUGCCGUUUUCGUUACGUUUUUUUCCUUCAUUUCUCAGCUUAGUGCGACGUGGUUGCGAAGAUAUACGGUAGCAGGGUUUAUUAUUACGUAACGGGUAGGGCAGAGUUGAAGAAAAAGGACAACUGUUCUGUUGAUUAAUUUUCUAUAAAACGUGUGUACAGUUAGUCGUAUACUUUUAUCGAUAAGUGCGUAUGUAAAUAAUGAGAUUUAUGUUAACUUCCAGCUGAGGCGAUCAAAUUAUGGUUAAAUGUGAACAAUUGUUGAAGCUGGCAUUUUGUUAUAUUUAUUUUUGUUUUCAUUCUGUUAUAUUUUUCUGAAACUUUCAAUGACUCAAGUAGAUAGGCCAGAUGUAUCCGAAUAAUAUAUAGUUUUAAGUGAUAACAAUGCGCUAUGUAAAAACUGAAGCAAGAAUGUGAAUAAUGUAUAUUUGCAAAACAAAUCCAGUAUAAUACAAUAAAAAAUAAUAAUAAAAAUUAAA